AUGGCGGUACCGCCCGCGGACGAUAUCGUCCCCAAGGGCAAGCCGAAGCGGCUGAGCUACACCCGCGAGAAGACGGGCUGGGGCAAGGCCGCCUUCAAGCUUCGGUUCAUCCCGUUCCUCGGCGGUCCCAAGGAGCGGGAUGAAGAUAUUUUCGAGGACCCCGACGGGGGGUCCGACGCGAACGGGGUUGGGUCCGCGAUCCCCGCGCUGCAGCCCACGAGCAGCGUGAAGAGCGACCUCGGCAUCGUCCCCAAGGUCAAGGGGAAGCGGUUCGCCGGCGUCGAGGGCGGUGGAACCACGUGGGUCGUCGCGAUCUCCGAGGGCGUCCCGGAGAACAUCGUGGAGCGCGCCGAGUUUCCCACGACGGACGACCCGAUGGUGACGCUCGGGGGCGUGCGCGCGUGGCUCGACGCUCGCGCCGCGGAGGGCAGGUUCGACGCCAUCGGCAUCGCCACGUUCGGCCCCGUCGACCUCGACAAGAACUCCCCCACCUACGGCUACAUCACCCACUCCCCAAAGCCCGGGUGGGCCGACGUCGACGUCCUCGGCAUCCUCGCCGACGGAUUCGAUUGCCCCGCCGGAUUCGACACGGACGUGAACGCGCCGGCGCUGUCAGAACUCUCGGCGAUGCGCAGGGAGAUGGCCAUCGACGCCGGGGCGGGCGACGGGGGUGCCGAGGGUGCCGAGGGUGCCGAGGACUCCAUCCAGAACCUGUGCUAUGUCACCGUCGGCACCGGCGUCGGCGUGGGCGUCGUGUGCGGCGGCCAGCCCGUGCACGGGCUGAGCCACCCGGAGGCGGGGCACAUCCGAGUCGCGAGGCUGCCGAGGGACGGCAUGCCGGGCGAACCGGGCGCGUUCGAGGGCGGAUGCCCCUACCACGCGGACUGCGUCGAGGGCAUGGCGAACGCGUCGGCCAUCGCUCGGCGAUGCGGGUGCCGCGUCGGCGAACUGAGCGAGGUGCCCGACGACCACGACGCGUGGGACGCGGCGGCGCAUUACCUCGCGGGACUCUGCUCGGUGCUGGUCAUGACCGCGAGCCCGCAGCGGAUCGUGCUCGGGGGCGGGGUGCUGCAGCGGAAGACGCUGGUGACGAAAGUGAGGGCGCAGCUCAAGCGGCAGCUGGGUGGGUACGUCGCGCACGAUCUCGUCUCGUCCAAGCGCGGGUUGGUGGAGUUCAUCGUGAGCUCCAAGCUCGGCAACGACGCCGGCAUCGUCGGCGCGCUCGCGGUGGCGGAGAAGGCCAAGGCGGACUGGGAGCGGGAGAGGGAGGGCGGGUGGGGGCGAGCGGGGGGUAAGCGGAGGUACGGGUGGAGGGAGCACCUGCUGCACUUCGGGAUCGGGGUGUUUAGCUCGUUGGUCACGCUCAAGGUGGUGGAUGGCAAGAUCACGGUGGGGAAAUUCGUCUUCUGA